AUGUCAAUUUUGGUGUUGGAAUAUAGGUACUGCUUCAGCAUACUUGAUGACUAUCCAUUGACUUUAGCAGCUCCUUUGCUUUAUGCUGGAAUUACCGUGUAUGCUCCCAUGGUGUGCCACAAGAUGAACCAACCUGGUAAAUCUUUAGGAGUGAUUGGGCUUGGAGGUCUUGGUCACAUGGAAGUGAAGUUUGGGAAGGUUUUGGCCCUGGCUAAGUCCCUUGACUUUAUAGUCGACACGGCAUCUGGUGAUCACCCAUUUGAUCCAUACAUGUCACAGUUAAAGAUUGGUGGUGUUCUUGCUCUUGCGGGAUUCCCAGGUGAAGUCAAGUUCAGCCCUGCAAAUCUAAAUAUUGGAAUGAGAACUGUUUCUGGUAGCAUAGCCGUGGGUACAAAAGUGACACAAGAAAUGAUAGACUUCUGUGCUACUCGUAAAGUUUAUCCAAUGAUAGAAGUAAUUCCAAUUGAGUAUGCAAACAAAGCUAUAGAGAGGGUACUGAAGAGAGAUGUGAAGUACCGAUUUAUGAUUGAUAUUGAGAAAUCCCUUAAAUGA